AUGCAAGAAACUUAACAAUCCGAAAAAGAUAUGAUAGGUUCUCUGCUAGAUGGUAAUAAAUCUCUUAUAUAAUUAGAGAAUGAAUCAGAAUGUUCAGAAUUCAGAUCUUCUAUUACUAAAUCAUAAUAACAUUCUCAAUCUGUAAAUAUUCUCUCUAUUACAUCAUCUAGCCUAUCAAAAGUUUCAAAGAUUUCAAAGAAAUUCCACCUGUUCUUGAAGAUGGAAGGUAUUAUCAUUAAUAUUAAAUAAGUUAAUAAGAAUUUCCUUCUAAUGAUCCAAAUAACUUUUAUUUUACUGUCUAAUCAGCUUUCAUUCAACAAAAAUAACAUUCAAUGAGUCAUGAAUUUAAUCAAUACAUAAUCUCUCAACCUCCAAUCUAUUACCCUUGUUAUUAAGAUGGAUUUUUCUCAUAAAAACGAACUAAGAAAUUAUAAUCUUCAACAGAUUAAGAAUUAUCCAUUGUAAUUUUACUACUCUAUUUUUAGUCAUAAUAAUGUUAAGAUUAAUAUGCAUCUUUAAUCAUUCAAUAAUCCUUUAUUCAAGGAAAUGAUUUUUAAAGAGAUAAAAUAUUUAAAUCCAUAAUAGAUGAUUUACCACUUCUCUCUAAACACAAAUUUGCAAAUUAUGUUAUUCAGAAAAUAAUUGAAAAUUGCAAUCAAAAUAUCAGAACUCUAAUUUUUGAAUAGCUUCAUCCUUAUAUCAUAGAGAUGUGUUAAGAUAAAUUUGGAUGUAGAGUCAUUUAAAAAUUACUAGAUUUCAUUUAAAAUCAUCAAAAAAUAAAAUUAAUCUAAUCAAUCAAAAACCAAGUAUUGAAUCUCAUAUUCGAUUAAUGCGGAAAUCAUGUAAUCUAAAAAAUCAUAGACUUGGCAUCUGAUGCAGAAUUUAUAAUUGAUAUUGUGACAAAUAAUAUUGAUCAUAUAGUCUCACAUCCAUAUGGAUGUAGAAUUGCUUAAAAAUGUUUAGAAACAUUUCCCAAUUUUAAAUUACAAUUUCUUUACAUUUCCCUGAUACCUUUAUGUGAGAAAUUAUCGUUCUGUUAAUAUGGAAAUUAUAUAGUCCAACAUAUGAUCAAUUAAGGACCAUCAAAAGGAUUUGAAGUCAUUGGUAAAUAUAUCAAAGCUAGAAUUUUGGAAGUCAGUUAAGAUAAAUAUGCCAGGUAUUUUUAUUUAUUGAUUAUCAAGUAUUGUAGCUUAAAAAUACAUUACAUUGGCAUCUGAUGAUGAUAUUGCAAAUAUUUGCAAAAUCCUAAUGAAUGAUUGUUUUCCUCCAAUGUUACUAAUUUUAAUUAAUAAUUAAUUUGGAAAUUAUGUGAUGCAAAAUUUCUACUCGAAAUGUAAUGAUAAACAGAAAGAAUAAAUUUAGAUUUAAAUUCAUAAAUAUGAAGAUCAUCAAUUCAACUAAUAUGGUAUAACUUAAAUAUCUUAUUCUAGGUCGACAUUUCUUAUAAUUUUUGGCCAAGUGUCAUGCUUUUUGA